AUGUUAAAAAUAAUUAUUUUUUAUUUUUGUAUUUUUUAUUUUUCUAUUGGUGAGAUUGUGGAGAAUAGUGUAUUCAACUGUCCAAAUAAUGGAGAGCCUAAAAGGGAUAUAGACAGUGGGGAACUUAUUCAAUGCCUGCCUGGUUUGUUUAUUAUUGUUGAAUUUUACUAUAACCUUAAGCUGUUCUGAUUUUUUGUUCUGAUGUGUUCUGAUUUUUUGUUUUGAUUUUUGUUCUGAUUUUACUUCUGAUUUUUUUUCAUAAUUUUUGUUCUGAUUUUUUCUGAUUUUUAUAAUUUUCUGUUCUGAUUUUUUGUUCUGAUUUCUUUCAGAUUUUCGUUCUGAUUUUGCUUCUGAUUUCUUCCGAUUUUCGUUCUGAUUUUCUGUUCUGAUUUUUUCUGAUUUGUACCGAUUUCUUCUGAUCUUAUACUGACAUUGUUCUGAUUUUUCUGAUUUUAUUCUGAUUAUCUUCUGAUACAUGUUCUGAUUUUUGUUCUGAUUUAGUCUUCUGAUUUUUUACUCUGUUUGUUCUGAUUUCUUCCGAUUUCUUCUGAUUUUGUUCUGACCUUGUUCUGAUUUUUUCUGGGUUGUUCUGAUAUUUGUUCUGAUUUGGGUUUUGUUCUGAUUUAUUCACUAAUUUUUAAAAAAGGUUGGUCAUCUGAAGCCACUUGUGGGCCAAACUACUCCUGCUUCUUUUCCGGAUUUAAUUAUCAAUGUUGUCCAACUGAUGGAAAUGAUGAAUUAAUUAAUUCAAAAUUAAAUAAUAAAGAAAUUAA